AUGGCGGAUGCACCGGAGGACCAGGUCCCCAAGACGUUGCCUGGUGAUAACCAGAACGAGCACGAACCCUGGUACUCCACGCUCAUUCAAAUCGGAAUUCCGUUUUUCCUGGCCGGACUGGGAACGAUAACGGCUGGACUGAUGCUGGGCAACGUGCAGGAUUGGUCAGUGUACCGGGAAGUGAACGAGCUCUUCGUCCUGGUAUCGGUGCUAUGUGGUCUGAAGGGGAAUCUGGACAUGUGCGUGGCCUCAAGGAUUUCCACCCACUCGAAUCUGGGGAACCUUUCCAACCGAAGAGCUCUUUUGCAGAUCAUCAUUGGCAACAUGGCGCUGGUCCAACUGCAGGCCAUCGUUUGUGCCGCUUUGCUGAGCUCCCUGACCGUCGGGAUCAGCGCGGUAAUCAAACAUGACUUCAGCUACAAGGACUACUUCCUACUGACAGCUGCCGCCCUGAUCACCUCCAGCACCUCCUGCUUCCUGUUGGACUCCAUUGUAAUGGUUGUCAUACUGUUCUCGCAGCGCUACAGCUUCAACCCGGACUACAUGGCCAUACCGAUAGUGGCCUCUUUGGGCGACGUGGUGACCAUCAGUCUCCUUUCCUUUAGCGCCGCCCUCAUGUACGAACUGUGCAAGGCGCACUUGUGGAUCUGCAUUUGCGUGAUGGUCGGCUACCUGGCCGUGAUGAUGCCCAUCUGGCUGGUGGUGGUGCUCCGGAAUGCCUUUGUCCGACCCGUUCUGAUGGUCAGUUGGAUCCCGGUGAUUGGAGCACUGUGCAUCAGCCAGAUCGCAGGAUUUGUGCUCAGCUCGUCCGUGGAGGACUUCCGGGCAUUCGCCAUAUUCUCACCCAUCAUCAACGGGAUUGGGGGCAACCUGGUGUCCGUGCAGGCCAGUCACAUGGGCAGCGUACUGUACAGGCGCUCCAGCCUGGGCCUCUUGCCCGAGGAUUCGCGCAUCCUGGAGUGGCCGCAUCGGGUCUACCUGCGCGGCACCGUCUACUCCCGGGUGGCACGCAUCCUGAUCGCCAUCUCUGUGCCGGGCAACGUGGUGCUCGUCAUACUGGCCGAUUAUCUCUACAUGUCCUAUGUGUCCGUAAAGUGGGUCUUCGUGGUGGCCUUCGCGGUCACCAGUCUGCUGCAGCUGCUCGUCCUCUUGUGGCUGGCCCACGCCCUAGUGCAUCUGCUGUGGCGACGCAAGAUCGAUCCGGACACAGCCGCGAUUCCGUAUCUGACCGCCGUGGGGGAUGCACUGGGCACGGGCCUGCUAGCGGUCUUGUUUCACCUGCUCAGGUGGCAGGAGGAGGAGUACGAGCCCAGGGAUCAACCGUGGCUGAAGAUCAGCUACUGA